AUGGCCACAAGCCUACUCUCCAAGUCAGAACGCGCAUACAUCCAGGCUUCUCUGCAAGCCUCACCACCUCUACGCGCAGAUGGGCGCGCCUUACUCGACUUCCGUACCGUUCUCCUCGAGACCGGUGUUGCGCCUUUGGCAAACGGUAGUGCAAGGCUCAACAUCGGAAAACUACCGCGCGAAGGUGGCGGCGGCACGGAAGUCCUCGCGGCCGUGAAGCUCGAAGUCGAGGACGUUCAAACCGGAGAUGGGGUCGACGGCGGACGGGUAGCCUGCUCAGUAACCUGCUUCCCUUCUGCGUACCCGCAGCUCUCGUCCAACGCGCUCGACGACCUGCAGCACGACCUCACCGUCAUUCUGCAACAGACCAUCCAGCACCCUUCCCUCCAUCCCCGAAAUCUGACCAUCAUCCCCAACAAGAAGUCCUGGCUGCUCAACCUCGACGUCGUCAUUCUUUCAGACGCAGGCAACGUCGUCGACGCGCUCUUCAUGGCUUCUCGAGCGGCAUUAUGGGACACGAAAGUUCCGAGAACCCGCGCCGUCGAGUAUCGCACGCCCGACGCGUCGAAGAAGCCAAAGAAGGACGCGAUGGACGUGGACGAACGCACCAGUGGGUUUGAGACGCGGGACAUCGCGCGCACGGCGGCAGACUUCGAGCUUCCGGAUUACUGGGACGAGGGAGAGACGCUUGAGGGGCGCGAGAGGUGGCCUGUAUGUAUCACCCUCAACCUGCUUCCUCCCAUCCAUAUUCUGGAUGCCACUCUCGCAGAAGAAGCCUCAAUACCCUUGCGUCUAUACCUCAUGUUUUCGUUUGUCCCCUCCCAACCGCCUACUCUCCAGUCGAUGAAGUUAUCUGGUCCAGGGGAGCUGAACAUCGCUCAACUAAAGAGCAGUAUCUCGGACGGCGAGAAAUAUGCACGAGAGUUGUUCAAUGCGCUAGAAACAAAGCUGCGAGACGAGGACACGAGGCGGACGGUGAAGGCAAGAGAUAGAUUCGCGCUGCUCCGAUGA